CCACUCUUUGUCAUCUCGGCGGCGGCGCACAGAGGAAGAAGCAGGAGGCGGCGGCGCUCGAAGAGAAGGUGCACGUCGACCUAGUCCGAGCUCGCAACCAUGGCGCGUGGGUUGAAGAAGCAUCUGAAGAGGCUCAAUGCCCCGUCUCACUGGAUGCUCGACAAGCUUGGUGGAGCUUUUGCCCCCAAGCCAUCUUCUGGUCCUCACAAGGCCAGGGAGUGCCUUCCCCUGAUCCUCAUCCUCAGGAACAGACUGAAGUAUGCUCUUACCUACCGUGAAGUGCAGUCCAUCCUCAUGCAGCGCCACAUCCAGGUUGAUGGCAAGGUCCGCACUGACAAGACCUACCCUGCUGGUUUCAUGGACAUCAUCUCUAUCCCCAAGACUGGUGAGAACUACAGGCUUCUGUAUGACACCAAGGGCCGCUUCCGCCUUCAUGCUGUCAGGGAUGAGGAUGCAAAGUUCAAGCUUUGCAAGGUUCGGGGAGUCCAGUUCGGACAGAAGGGUAUUCCCUACCUGAACACCUAUGAUGGCCGCACCAUCCGCUACCCUGACCCCCUCAUCAAGGCCAACGACACCAUCAAGCUUGACCUUGAGACCAACAAGAUUGUUGACUUCAUCAAGUUCGAUGUCGGCAAUGUUGUCAUGGUGACUGGUGGGCGUAACACUGGGCGUGUUGGUGUGAUCAAGAACAGGGAGAAGCAUAAGGGAACCUUCGAGACCAUCCACGUUGAGGAUGCCCAGGGCCACCAGUUUGCCACCCGUCUUGGCAAUGUGUUCACCAUCGGCAAGGGCACCAAGCCAUGGGUGAGCCUCCCCAAGGGCAAGGGUAUCAAGCUCAGCAUCAUUGAGGAGCAGAGGAAGAGGGAUGCUGCAGCUCAGGCCGCUGCCAAGGCAUGAUUCUGAUGCGUCUAUUUGUUUUGCUAUAGCAUGAGUUAUCUGCAAGGAUAUAGAACUAUGUUCCCAGAACCACCGUUUUUUAAGUUUUGCCUGUUUGUUGGUUUGCGAACCUAUGGAUGCUGCUAGGUGUAAUGUGAUGGUUUACCUUAUUCAAGUACUAUUUCGAGGCGCC